AUGGCACGACCAAAAGUAUUUUUUGAUGUUGCUACAAAAACAAGCAAACUUGGGAGAAUUGUUUUUGAAUUGUAUGCAGAUACCGUUCCAAAAACAUGUCAAAAUUUCAAAGCUUUAUGUACAGGUGAAAAAGGUAUUGGAAAAUUAGGAAAACCAUUACAUUAUAAAGGAUCAACUUUUCAUAGAAUUAUUCCUCAAUUUAUGAUUCAAGGUGGUGAUUUUACACAUGGAACUGGUAUUGGAGGUGAAUCAAUCUAUGGAGAAAAGUUUGCUGAUGAAAAUUUUAAACACACUCACUCUGGUCCAGGAAUUUUAUCAAUGGCUAAUGCCGGUAAAAAUACUAAUGGAAGUCAAUUUUUUAUUACAACUGUUGAAACCCCAUGGUUAGAUGGUAAUCAUGUUGUUUUUGGAAAAGUAGUUGAAGGAAUGGAAGUAGUCAAGGCUAUUGAAAAAUUUGGAACCAGAAGUGGUGCUCCAUCUCAAACUGUUACCAUUGAAGAAUGCGGUGAAGUUAAAGAAUAA